AUGUCGACUGUGUGGGUGAGGCGAGGAGGAGCCGCGCGUGCGCUUGCGCCAGCCGACCGAGGGGAGAGCGAACCGUCUCGAACAGCAGCCAGCACCGCCGUCGCCAGCACGGACUACGGCGCCACCGCCGAUAACGGCUACCCGGCCGCCGCCAAGCACGAGAACGGCGUCCCGACGGGACACGCCAAAGUCACAGCUCACGCCUCCAAGAUGGACAACGGCGCCGCAGAGAAGAUGUCUCAACCCCCCGCCGGCGAAACGCCCGCCGCCAGAGCUCAGCCAGAUGCGACGAGCGGCCAGAGCAGCCCCGGGACGCCCAAGUCGCCCUCCGGCAAGGCGGCGGGCGACGCCCACAAGGUGAAGAAGGUGGCCGUGGUCCGAAGCUCCCCGAAGUCGCCCGGCUCCCUGAAGACCCGCCCGCCGGCCCCCCUGGCCGCCGCCGCCGCACCCAUGCCCGACCUGAAGACCGUCAAGCCCAAGAUCGGAUCCACCAAAAACCUCAAGCACCAGCCGGGCGGCGGAAACGUGCAGAUCCUGGACCAGAAGGUGGACUACAGCAACGUUCAGUCCAAGUGCGGCUCCAAGGCCAACAUCAAACACAUCCCCGGCGGCGGCAACGUUCAAAUCCUGGACAAGAAACUGGACCUGACGGGCGUCCAAUCCCGCUGCGGAUCCAAAGACAACCUGAAGCACACCCCGGGCGGGGGCAAGGUUGAGAUUGUGGACAAGAAGUUGGACUUGAGCAACGUGCACUCCCGCUGCGGUUCCAAAGAUAAUAUUAAACACGUCCCCGGUGGCGGCAAUGUCCAAAUCGUCCACAAAAAAGUGGACCUGAGCAGCGUGUCGGCCAAAUGCGGCUCCAAAGACAACAUCCACCACAAGCCAGGUGGCGGCAACGUGGAGAUCAAAAACGAAAAGCUGGAGUUCAAAGUUCAGUCCAAGGUGGGCUCGCUUGGCAACAUCAACCACGUCCCGGGAGGCGGACACAAGAAGAUCGAGAGCCACAAGCUGAACUUCCGCGAGAGCGCCAAGGCGCGCACGGACCACGGCGCCGAGAUCGUCUCCUUGGAGGAUUCGCCCACCCGCCAGCUCAGCGCGGUGUCUUCGUCCGGCAGCCUCAACAUGGCCGACCCGCCGCAGCUGUCCACGCUGGCCGACCGGGUCAGCGCCUCGCUGGCCCGGCAGGGGCUGUGAGGACGGGGAAACCCCCGGUCCGGCCCCGGCCCCCGCCCCCGACUCGCCCGCUCAUCACGCCGCGUUGGCCUUCCCUCGUCUCGCUUCUCACCGACCUUUUUUUGGGGCCGCGUUUCGUUACCCCGGUCGGGUCAAGC